UUUUCUUAAUUUUCCCUUCUUUUCCUGGCAAUAAUAAACCAAUCGCAUAUUCUUCAUCCACUAAAAUUUUAACUUACACCUCUUAUUUGCUAAGCUCUCUGUAAGUUCUCCUUCUCCUUCGGAACAUUUCUCAAAACUCACACGAAACAAAUUAUUUUUACAGAAAAAGAAGAAAAAAAAACCAAUAGCAACUUUUAAACCCAAUUUUCAACUCUUUGAUUUUUGGGGGAAAUUUUCACGCCAUUGAAUUGGUUGUAGCUCACCAAGAAGAACCCCAAAUCAUCGGUUUUCAAAAUGAUGGAACCGAUGAUUCAGAGCUUAUCGUAUUGGUUAUCAGAACAUCCAUCAAUAAUUGGAUUUAGAUGGAAUCAUAGUCAAAAUUGGGGUUCGACUUGGUCUUUUCUAUUCACAUCAAUUGCUGGUUAUAUAGCUUUAUCAGUUUUGAUUCGUUUGAUUUUAGCAGUUUUCCGAUGUCGUAAACCGAUUCCGCUUGGCCCUAUUCCUGCUAUACAUUCAUUAGGCAUGGCUUUAAUCUCAAUUACAAUUUUUAUAGGUAUUUUGUUCUCAUCUGCAGCUGAGAUCCGUGAUACACGUUGGUUCUGGAGAAAAUCUAAAACCCCAUUUCAAUGGUUCUUAUGUUUUCCAUUAGGUACUAGACCUACUGGCAGAGUUUUCUUUUGGUCAUAUGUAUUUUAUCUAUCAAGAUUUCUUCAUCUUCUUAGAACAUUUUUCGCGAUCUUAAGGCAUCGUAAAUUGACGUUUUUCCGGCUGUUUAAUCAAUCUAUUCUGAUUUGUAUGUCCUUUCUAUGGUUAGAGUUUUCGCAAUCAUUUCAAGUUGUUGCGAUUUUGUGUACUAGUUUGAUUUAUUCGGUGGUGUAUGGAUAUAGAUUUUGGACUGGGAUUGGGUUACGAAGUGCUUGUUUUCCAUUUGUUGAGAACUGCCAAGUUGUGUUGUUGGGGUGUAAUUUAGUUUGUCAUGUGGCUGUACUUUUCUUGCAUUUCGUUAAAGGAGGGUGCAAUGGAAUUGGAGCUUGGGUUUUCAAUUCUGUUCUCAAUGCUGCGCUUUUGUUACUGUUUAUGAAUUUUUAUGUGAAAAUGCAUAUGCGAAAGCGAAGACUUGUGGUUCCAGUAAUAGUAAGUGAAGAUCAAGAAGAAGAGUCGAGUUCAGCCAGAGAGAUUGAAAAGAAAAUGUCUGUGGAAAAGAAGAUGAUGAUCAAAGGAAAGGAUCUUUGAGAGGUAUGGAGUAAUUCAGCUAAUAAAGCCAAUAAACCUUCUUGGGCGGCCACAAUCAAGAGGUGUAUACUUAUUCUAGAGGAUUGUUACUUACUUACGUAUUGUUACCAUGAUAAAAGCUUCUGGUUUUCGAAAAUAAGUGUAGUGGCAUAAAAGUGCACACUACGUCCAAUGUAUAGAAGAUGAAUUAAAAUUAAGUAAAGAUGCACAACAAAUAUAGACACAAAGAUAUACGUGGUUCGUUAUGAUUACUUACGUUUACGGGGUGAAAGGAUGAAUGUUAUUAUUUUUUUUCUUUGAUUACAAGGU